AUGAAAGCUAGUAAUCCUUGUAACGACGGUACUUCAACAGCACCUGAGCCAUCAACACUAGCAGCUGCCUUGGAAAAUGCCUUCAAGGAAACCACUGCGAAUCGGAACAGACCGCCACCGCACCCCUUCGUUGUAGCGGAGGAAGCUCUGCGCCGCCUUGUGGGGACACAGACUAGUCAGACCAUUGUAGUUUCAGGGCAGAGUGGAGCAGGAAAGACCGAAACGAGCAAGCAGCUAAUGCUCUUUCUAACUCACGUAUCCACAUCUCCUAAUGACACACUGGCGGGCGCUUCUGGCAGUGCAACAGGUUCUCACGGCGAUUCAGGCGCGCCGAAGACUGUAUCCGGCCAGCGGACGGAGGUUGCAGCACUUCUUGGAGGUGUACAGACGCUACAAGAAGCAACAGAGCUACAGAAAAGGAUCGUUUCCUGCAAUGCUAUUUUUGAGUCCUUCGGAAACGCUGCCACAAGAAGGAAUCACAACAGCAGCCGAAUCGGUCGACUCACGCUUCUCCACUUUGACGGCGGAGGUCUUCUCAGGGGUGGGAGUUUGAGAACAUAUUUGCUGGAAGCCUCCCGCAUCACCGCACACAAGAGAGGCGACAGGAACUUCCAUGUCUUCUAUCAGCUUUUGAGAGGGGCCAGCGAAGAAGUACUCAAAUGCAUGGGUCUGACAGAUGACGAAACCGCCUACCGCAUGCUACGGCCACAAGAUUCCACAAAGUUCCUUCAGAAAGUGUUCUCAAAAGAACGGCAAUCCGUUCAUGGGGAAGAGCUUACAGAGGACCGAAACGUAGCGCUGAAAGAAGCGGAUCGACGCAACUUCAAGUCCAUGGUCGAGGCACUGGAACGUGCCGAUUUCUCGACUGCCGAAGUCGAUGAACUGUUGCAGAUUCUCGCUGGACUGCUUCAUCUGUCAAAUGUCUCCUUCACAACAGGGGAAGAUGACAGUCUGCAGCUUCAGGACACAGCAGCGGAAGAGGCCCUUAACCGCUCCGCGUCGUUGCUGGGCUUGGAAGGGAAAGGGCUCGAGGAAGUGUUGCGGUGCCGUCGAAUCGUUCUGAAAGGAGACAUUCUUUGCACUAAGAGAAAUGAGCAACAAUGCAGCAGUGCCUGCACUUCGCUUAUCAAGUUCAUCUACAGCCGUCUGUUUGACCACAUUGUGCAAAGACUGAAUGAUAGUGCUGCACGGCACGUGCAAGGGCAGCAAACGGCGACGCUGCCAAACGCUCGCGAUAGUAUGAAGUCCAUUGGAAUCCUUGAUAUCUACGGGUUUGAGUCAUUUGGGCUGGAGAACGGGCUCGAGCAGCUCUGCAUCAACUAUGCGAAUGAACGGCAGCAACAGCUGUUCGUUCAGCAAGUGAUAGAGGAAGAGGUGGCUCUGUACACUAGAGAAGGAGUGACAAGCCCGGCGGUGACAGCACGAAACAAGUUGGCGCACCGCCGCCAAAAUGUAGAACACGAAACGGAACAACAACCAUCAGGCGAAAGAAUGAAACCACAGGGAUCUUUCAGGGCAGACCUUGAGCUCAGCCUCCUCUCCAGUCUGCCAGACACCCCCGCACU